AUGGAAGACUCCUCACAGGCGCUGUUGGCGGGCCCAGAGGACGCCGCCGAGUACGGAGAGGACGCCAUAGACGCCAGCAGCCGCGUCCUCCCAGACAUGGUCCUCGACGCCUCGGGAGGACACAUCUUUGUCCUCACUACAACCAGGGUGACCAAGUACCGGGUUGAGAGCUGCGCCGUCUACACCAACUGUUCCUCGUGUCUGGGGGCGCGGGACCCCUACUGCGGCUGGUGCUCACUGGAGAAAAGGUGUACGGUGCAGCUGGCGUGCCAGAAGGCGACCUUCUCCUCCCCGCGCUGGUUGAGCUUCGGCUCCGGCCAACAGUGUAUCGACUUCGAGAUGAUAUUGCCGGACAGACUACCCAUUGACCAGAUGGCUACGGUUCAGUUGACGAUCCGGACGCUGCCAGAACUACCAACAGGCGCCAAAUACCAGUGCGUGUGGGGGUCAGCGCCCCCAGCGGACGCCCUGGUGACGGCCUCGGGGCUCACCUGCAUCACGCCCGCACGCCCACACCGCCCAUCCAUCCCCAUCCACCACGACCACGUCCUCGUGCCGCUGGCCGUCCGCUCCAGCGAGACCAACAAGGACUUCGUCUCCCGCAACUUCGCCUUCUACGACUGCGGCCGCCACAGCACCUGCAGCAGCUGCGUCCGCAGCAACUGGGCGUGCAACUGGUGCGUGUACGAGAACACCUGCACGCACAACGCCUCCUCCUGCAGCGGUAACGUCGUGUCUGGGGAAAAUAACCCGGCGCAGUUGUCGUCGCACGGCUCGGGGUUCUGUCCGCGGUUCUGGACGGAGCAGUCGCACCUGCUGGCUGCUGACGGGGCUCGCUCAGAGCUGCAGCUGCUGGUGGAGAACCUGCCGGUACCACGAGUGGGUCAGCUGGGCUUCCAGUGUGUGGUGAGCAUCGAGGGCGCCACCAUGCUUGUUGGGGCGCGGGUGAUGGGCGCCGCUGAGGAGGAGGAAGGCAGCAGCAGCAGCAGCAGUCCAGCCACCACCGUCAGCAGCAGCCACCAGCAGCAGCAGCCACACCGGCGGGUGCAGCGGGUCGUCUGCGAACCCACCGUCUACCGCUACGAGUCAGCAGAAGGGGAGUACGAGGCGCGGGUGACGCUAGUAUGGAACCGCGACCACCAGGUGGACGCGCGGCCUCUGACGCUGUACAAGUGUGGCGUGUUGGGCGCCCACCGCGGCCACCAUGACUGUUCCCUCUGCGUCACGCGGCACCCGCGGUACCGCUGCGCCUGGUGCGGCGCCGCAUGCAGGUACGCGCCGCACUGCCCCUCCGUCGCAGGCGUCGCUGCGGCCUCGUCGUCAGCCGCAGUCUCGCGACCAACCGGCCGCGACCAGUUGGACGCAAGUGACGCGCGACUCAGCCAGUGUCCGACGCCCAGGAUUGACGUGAUUCAGCCUCUUGCGGGCCCGUUGGAGGGCGGCACCUUGGUCACCAUCGAGGGCAGCAACCUGGGCCUCCGGGAGGAGGACGUGCAGGAGAACGUGUUCAUCGGGGACGUGCCUUGCCACGUGCACGACUAUCGCGUGUCGGUGAGGAUCACGUGCCGCACCAGCCCCGCGCCGCACCGUCACGGAUUACCGGCUUCCACAGAGUUGCAGUUCCCAGUCCGGGUGACCACUCCUGCGGGAACCACUCAGUCCACCGUUAAGUUCACGUACACUAACGUGAGUGUGACGGGGGUGUGGCCGUCACACGGGCCGGUGUCCGGAGGCACUGUCCUCUCCGUCAGCGGCCGCUUCCUGAACGUCGGUUCUCACGUGUCCGCCAAGCUCGACGACCUUCCCUGCGUCGUCAACAAGACGCAAUCGUCGUCGCACCGGCUGGUGUGCGUCACGUCAAGGGCGUCGGCGGCGGCUUCAGGCGACGCCAGCAAGGAGAGUGAAGACGUCGCUAGGGCCGUGCGAACUCUGGCGGUGACUGUAGACGGUGCUCGUCGAACUCUGGCGUCACCCUUCACAUACACGCCGGAUCCUAGAGUGCUCGAACUCAAGCCACUGAAGAGUCCGUGGGGUGGUGGCCGUCUCGUUACCGUCCACGGGACACACCUGGAUGCCAUACAGGCGCCACGGAUUACUGUCAAUCUUUUCGAACGUGUCCUCAACUCGUCCGCCUGUCGUGUCCUGGGCCCGGAUCAGAUGGAGUGUCCCUCGCCACCUUUGGACCGUGACGCUGUUCUGGGCAUCUUAGAGGCGCACGAUACUGUACGGCGCCGUCGUCGAAGUCGCAGCAGACGAUCUCACAAAGCCCAAAGAUCUCCACGAAGACGGGACCACGACGGCGACGAAGUCGCCGUCGAUGUUGGCUUCGUAAUGGACGGCGUCGCGUCCGUGCUUCACCUCCGUAAACAUUUCCCGAACGUCAGAUCCCGCCUGACGUACAUGACGGAUCCUCGCUACUACGCCUUCCCCCACGGCGUCAAGCUCUACAAGGGCGACACGCUGGUGAUCGAGGGAGAGCAUAUUAACGAUGCUGCGGAUGAGAGUGACGUACGCGUGUCUAUCGGACUGUCCCUCUGCAAUGUCACCUCGUUGGCGGCGACGCAACUGGUGUGCACGCCGCCCGAAGUGCAGCCAGACGCUACGGACGAGCGAGGCGUGGCCACCCCAGAGAUGCUGCCGCUAGUGGUGGUGCACGUGGGGCAGUACCUGCGUUUUCCCCUGGGGGUCCUGCGCUACGAGCGGCACCGAAGGUUCCCUCUCACCCCAGAGGGCAUCGCCGGACUAGCAGGCGGGGCGCUGUUCCUGGUGCUUGCGUCCUUCGUCGUGCUGGCCGUGUACCGCCGCAAGUCGUCCCAGGCGGAGAGAGUGUACAAGCUCAUGCAGCUCCAGAUGGAUAGCCUCGAGAGCCACGUCCGAACAGAGUGUAAACAAGCGUUCGCGGAGCUGCAGACGGAUAUGACGGAUCUGACGGCUGACCUGGAGUCGUCUGGGAUCCCAACCCUGGAUCACCGUAGCUACGUUAUGAAGGUCUUCUUCCCCGGCGUUACCGACCACCCCAUCCUCAACGACCCUAAGGCUCGAGUACCUGGUCCCCGCACCAACUACGACGUGGCCAUGCUGCAGUUCGAGCAGCUGGUCGCCAACAAGCACUUCCUCCUCUCCUUCAUAGACACCCUCGAGUCCCAGAAGUCCUUCAGUAUUCGAGACAAAGUGAAUGUGGCGUCACUGGUGACAGUGUUACAGAUGAGCCGGAUGGAGUACCUAACGGAAGUGAUGCGUUGCCUAAUGCUGCGUCUAGUGUCGUCCGCCGCCGCCACCAAGCAUCCACAACUGAUGCUGCGGAGGACAGAAAGCGUGGUCGAGAAGAUGCUCACCAACUGGAUGGCACUCUGCAUGUAUAGCUACCUUAAGGGGGACGCUGGGACGGCACUGUUCCUGCUCUACAAGGCCAUCAAGCACCAGGUGGAAAAGGGCCCCGUGGACGCCCUUACUCACGACGCCCGCUACUCCCUCUCCGAGGAACGCCUGCUCAGGGAGCAGGUCGAGUCCAGCCCUGUGACCAUCCACCUGCUACACGAUGACCCUCACUAUGAAAAAAUUCCCUACCAGGCCACCUACAGUGCGCUGACCAUGUACGCCGAGGAGUACGAGGAGAAGGUGCAGGUGAAGGUCCUAGAUUGCGACACCAUUAGCCAAGUAAAGGCAAAGAUCCUGGACGCCCUGUACCGGAACACUCCGCAGUCCCUCCGACCCUCCGUCCAUGAGGUCGAUCUAGAGUGGCGUCACGGGCGUGCCGGGCGGGUGACGUUGAGUGACGAGGACCGGACGACUGUGACGGGCGCCGGAGGGUGGCGAGGCCUGAACACCUUGGCUCACUAUGGGGUCCGGGACGCCGCUGUUAUGGCUCUCAUUCCUCGCCAGAACGACUCCUUCUCAUCCAACUGCACAGGCUACUACUCAUAUGCAAACAGUGUGUCGCCUCUCAACUCUCCUGGAGGCGAGGUCGGGGUUGACUCUGGAAGCAACACUGUUGGGCGAGGUGGUAGCGGUCCAGGCGUCCACCUCUACCACUUGGUGCGAGCCUCUGACGACAAUGCCUCUGGAACUCUGGGCUCCUCCAGGGACGGCAGAGACCGCACAUAUGGCACACACAAAGCAAUACCAGAAAUAUUCCUUACGCGGUUGUUGUCCACUAAAGGCACCGUCCAGCAGUUUGUCGACGACUUCUUCAGAACCAUACUCAGUGCUAACGAUGGCCUGCCUCCUGCGAUCAAGUGGCUGUUUGAUCUGCUAGACGACGCUGCACGUGCCCAUGGAAUUAUCGAUCCAGAGGUCAUCCAUGCCUGGAAGUCCAAUUGCCUUCCCUUGAGAUUCUGGGUUAACUUUAUCAAGAAUCCAGACUUCAUCUUCGACAUAGGCAAGACUCCGACGGUGGACUCUUGUCUGUCGGUCAUUGCACAGACAUUUAUAGACUCUUGCUCUACAACAGAGCAUAGACUAGGAAAAGAUUCCCCCUCCAAUAAAUUACUGUUCGCUAAGGAUAUUCCAAGAUACAGAGCGCAGGUGAAAAACUUCUACAGUGAUGUAUCGAGUGCACAGCCUGUUAGUGAGCAGGAGCUGGGGCAACACAUGCAGCAGCUCUCCUCGGGGCACACUGGCCACUUUGACAACCUGGCCGCUCUCAAGGAACUCUAUAUCUAUGUCACCAAGUACCAUGAACUAAUCCUGGAGUCAUUGGAUGCUGACCCAUACUGUCGGAAGCUGAACCUGGCCCAUCGCCUGCAGUCCAUUGGGUAUAUCUUGGAGUCUUACAGUCACGCGGGACCUGUUGCGCCCAUGCCUCCCCUUCAGUUAGCGGGGCAGCUUUCCGAGCUGUAACGACCUCUUCGCCUAUCUUCCCCUUUCAAGAAAUGGGUGUUGGCUUGCCACGUGACAGUUUGUGUGGAUACUUGGAAAAUAUGGAACAUAAGACAAUACCGAACUUCUUUGUGACCAGAACAGCUACUGAGACUAUUCAGUACAAGUGUUCUUCCAUAGUGCAAUAAUCUGUCGAAGAUAAAGAAUUACAGUAUUUUAUCCACUCUGCAUACACAUAUGCAGUUAUUUAUAUGGAAUUUAAUUAACAGUUUUUUUUGUUACUCAGAGAAAAUGUCACUGAAAAACUUGAUAUGAUGGUGAUUAGUGUAUAUAAUUUAUGAACGUUGAUAGUGACACUGAUAAACUUUGCCCUCCGGCAAGCUGAAUGUGAUACAUUGGAUUUCAUAUUUAUGUGUUAGUUGCUGUGGUCUAGUACUAGUGCCUAAGGAUACAAUGUUCCUUGUUUGACAAAGUGCUUAUAAAUCACUUCUCACGUGCAAAUGUGCAAAUCUGCCGUUCUUAACCAGAGUUGACUGGACACGGCACCAAAAGCGGAUACUUCCCGUCAGAAACUCCAGCUGCUGUGUUAGUUGACUUUUGUACAUACACACUUUUUUUAUGCCCUAGCAAGCUGGUGAGAAUAGUAAUGGAGAACAGAGUGGAUGACUGCCAUAUGGAUGUAUCAUAGUCCAAUUUAUAAUGUAUUAAACUACAUUUCAUAUACCAGUCAUGCAUUUUUUAUACUGCUUUUGCAAUUUUUGGAGCUACGGAAUCUCAGUAGAUCACCAAUGCCUCACUUUUUUUUUUAUUAAGCUUGGUGCUAUGAUAUCUAUGAGAAAAUUGCCUUUUUUUUCUUUAUGAAAAUAAUGGUUUCGCCAGCAACAAACGACAAGUACCGAGAGUUUUUCCCAUCUCCAUCCAAUGCAUCUUGUCCACUAGUCUGUUGUUUUUCUUGUGUAAUUUAUCCACUUUGGACAGUUUGUACAUAGCCGUCUAUUGACCCGAUAAAGAUGAGUCGAGUCUCUCUCUUGUAUAUGAUUUUAAGUAUGUUUUCUAAUUUCAUGCAACGGUAGUUGAAGAAUGUGACGUACAUGUCGAGAUUUUUUUUUUUUGACGAAACAUUAUUUUUCGCAUGAGUGACUUUAAUGGCCUUUUUUUCUCCAAUAUUUGUAAUCUGGUUCAGAUCUCGAGUGGAGUUUGUGACAGUAUCGUAUAUACGGUAUAAUUAUAAUUACCAAUUUCUUUAAUCUGUAUUAAUGGAUUAAUUUUUAAUUUAAUUGUGAUAUAUCUUUAGUUAACUGCUCUGAAAGGAACACCUUUCAUUACUUCCAAGCAGAUCUGAUUUUGUGAUUCAACUUGUCUUAGAAUUAGCAUCAGUCUUACUAAACCGCUAUCCCACGGUCACUUCAGUCACACGGGAACCUCUUGACGAUACAGAACUAAAAUUCGAAUGUUUACCAACACCUUUUUAUACUCUCCUGCCCUCGUGGAUUAUUUCUUGUCAUUUUAUACUGUCUGCCCUCACAGUUCUAACUCGCCUCCUUCCCCAGACCCUCGCCCCUUAACACAGCUCCCACCAGGAUGAUUAGUUAUAAAUUUGCUAUGCAACAAUAAACUGCUUUCAUCUGCUGAUGAGGUGACGAUGAAGAAUUUUGGGGACAUUGUAUAAAUCUGUACAGAGAACUUUUGUUAUUGUAAAGUAUUUUUGUAAAUGUGAGUAUGAGGGCAUUGUGUAAAAUCUUGCAACUUUACUACAAAUAAAGUGAGUGCCAAGAGA